AUGGCGUCAAGAAGAGUUUCUUCGCUGCUCUCUCGCUCCUUCAUGUCCUCGCCUUCUCUUUUGGCUCUUACAGGCAAAAACCCCACCAUAAACAGAGGAGCUCAUAGAUACAGCAACCUCGCCGCCGCCGCCGCUGCUCUCGAGAACACGAUCACUCCGCCUGUGAAAGUCGAGCACACACAGCUCCUAAUCGGCGGCAAAUUCGUCGAUGCAGCCUCAGGGAAAACUUUCCCGACUCUGGAUCCAAGGACUGGGGAAGUGAUAGCUCAGGUGUCAGAGGGUGAUGCAGAAGACGUGAACCGUGCGGUUUUAGCCGCACGCAAGGCCUUUGACCAAGGACCAUGGCCUAGAAUGACAGCUUAUGAGAGAUCAAGGAUACUGUUUCGUUUCGCUGACUUACUCGAGAAACACAACGACGAGAUUGCAGCUCUUGAGACUUGGGAUAAUGGGAAACCUUAUGAACAAUCCGCCAAGAUUGAAGUGCCAAUGGUUGCUAGAGUGUUCCGUUACUAUGCUGGUUGGGCAGAUAAGAUCCAUGGAAUGACGGUUCCAGGAGAUGGCCCAUACCAUGUGCAGACGCUCCAUGAGCCUAUUGGAGUCGCUGGACAGAUCAUCCCAUGGAACUUCCCUCUCGUCAUGCUUUCUUGGAAACUUGGACCAGCUUUAGCUUGCGGUAACACCAUUGUCCUCAAGACUGCUGAGCAAACUCCUCUAUCUGCUCUACUUGUUGGAAGACUACUCCACGAGGCUGGACUUCCUGAUGGAGUUGUAAAUAUAGUUUCUGGAUUUGGUGCUACAGCUGGUGCAGCCGUAGCUGGUCACAUGGACAUUGAUAAGGUUGCUUUCACCGGGUCUACUGAAGUUGGGAAGAUUAUUCUUGAGUUGGCUUCAAAAAGCAACCUCAAGCCAGUGACUCUUGAGCUUGGAGGCAAGUCACCGUUCAUUGUAUGUGAAGAUGCUGAUGUGGAUCAGGCCGUGGAGCUCGCUCAUUUCGCUUUGUUCUUUAACCAGGGACAAUGCUGCUGUGCUGGAUCGCGUACAUUUGUACAUGAACGCGUGUAUGAUGAGUUUGUAGAGAAAGCUAAAGCUCGUGCCAACAAUCGCGCUGUUGGCGAUCCAUUCAAGUCAGGGAUUGAGCAAGGUCCACAGGUUGACUCAGAGCAAUUCAAGAAAAUCCUGAAGUACAUCAAACAUGGAGUUGACGGUGGAGCCACCUUGCAAGCGGGAGGUGGCCAGCUUGGCUCCAAGGGUUACUACAUUCAACCAACUGUUUUCUCAGACGUGAAAGACGACAUGCUCAUAGCCACAGACGAGAUUUUCGGACCGGUUCAGACCAUACUAAAGUUCAAGGAUCUUGAUGAGGUGAUAGCGAGGGCGAACAACUCGAGGUACGGUUUAGCUGCUGGAGUGUUCACACAGAAUCUGGACACAGCGAACCGGCUGAUGCGAGCGCUCAAGGUUGGGACCGUUUGGAUAAACUGUUUCGAUGUGUUUGAUGCCACAAUCCCAUUUGGAGGGUAUAAGAUGAGUGGCAUUGGAAGAGAGAAAGGUCUCUACAGUCUCAGCAACUACUUGCAAGUCAAGGCUGUUGUCACUGCUCUCAAGAACCCGGCUUGGCUCUAA